GUCCGCGGCUGCUCCCUCUGCUCGCGGGAGUUGGAGAGGGCGCGCGGCUGAAGGUGAAGCGGAGCCGGCGGAGGCGGGAGCGGGAGCGGCUGCAGAGACCAAGAUGAAUCCAACACACAACCAGGGUGGGGAAAAUGCCAGCUUCCAAUCCAAGGAUUUGUUCACUAAUUGUUUGCAGGCCAAGCGAGAUUUGGAGAUGGCCAUUGGCAGUAUCAUUAAGGCCGGACAGGAGAUUAAAGCAAACAGUAAGGAGGUAAAAUUUCAAAUCCACAGUUGCAUCAGCCGUCACUUGGAGUGCUUGCGGAGUAGGGAGGUUUAUCUAUUGGAACAAAUCGACCUUGUGGAGCAGCUGAAGGAGGAAGCCCUGCAGCAACAGAUUCAGCAACUUUAUUGGGUAAGGCAACUUUUAUGGAGUCAUAGAGAUGUACAGCACAGAAACAGACUCCUCGGCCCAACUCGUCCAUACUGACCAAAUAUCCUAACC